AUGGGGGAGGAGGAGAAGAAAAUGGAGGAGAAAAAGCCAGAGGAGGUGAAGAAGCCAGAGGCAGAGGAGAAGAAGGAAGAGAAGAAAGAAGAGAAAAAGCCUGAAGCUGAGGAAAAGAAGGAAGAGAAGAAGGCUGAGGAGGGCAAAGAGGCUGAUGCUGCUCCUCCACCGCCACCGCCACCUCAAGAAAUUGUGCUCCAAGUUUAUAUGCAUUGUGAAGGCUGUGCUCGCAAGGUCAAGAGGUGUCUCAAAGGCUUUCAAGGGGUGGAAGAUGUGAGCACAGAUUGCAAGACUCACAAGGUGGUUGUGAAGGGUGAGAAGGCUGAUCCAAUUAAGGUUCGUGAGAGAGUUCAGAGGAAGAGUCAUAGACAGGUUGAGCUUCUCUCUCCAAUCCCAAAGCCACCAGCUGAGGAGAAGAAGCCUGAAGAGAAAGAGCAGCCCAAGCCAGAGGAAAAGAAAGAAGAGCCUGUGGUUAUCACAGUGGUGCUGAAGGUUCACAUGCAUUGUGAUGCUUGUGCACAAGAAAUCAAGAAACGCAUUCUGAGAAUGAAAGGAGUGGAAUCUGCUGAACCAGAUCUAAAGAGCUCAGAAGUGACAGUAAAGGGUGUGUUUGAUCCACCCCAGCUAGUAGAGUAUGUGCGCAAAAGGACUGGGAAGCAUGCUUCCAUUGUGAAACAAGAACCAGAAAAGAAAGACAAAGAAGAAGCCAAAGAGGCCAAAGAGGAGAAAAAAGGUGGUGAAGAAGGUGACAAAGAUAAGAAAGGUAAAGAUGAAGAGGCAAAACCAGAAGAGAAGAAAGGUGAUGAACCUCCACCUGCUGCUGCUGCUGCUGCUGCUGCUGCAGAAGGGGGAGCUGCCACAGAAGAGACCAAGGUGGUGGAGCUCAUGAAGAAAAAUGAAUAUUAUUAUUACCCACCAAGGUAUGCCAUGGAGUUGUAUGCCUACCCACCUCAGAUCUUCAGUGAUGAAAACCCAAAUGCCUGCUCUGUUAUGUAA